AUGGCUACAGAAAACGCCGACGGCGGUUCSGAGCCAGUCAGCAUUCAGACGAAACAUGGCAAUCAGCAUUUAGACAAGAACUGUGACAUUCGGAGUCUGGAAGAGAGACACGAGCGACAGUUGCUAGAGGAUCCCAAUGGUGUCACGCAAGGAGCGCAGCCCGGAAUUCAAAAGGCCGAGGCUACUGCUUUGGUCUGGACAAGAACGGCUUUAUACGCCACAUACGCAUGGAUUUGGUUAUGCUUCUUUGUUCUAUCCAUGCAAUCGUCCAUCAGCGCGAAUUUGAUCUACUACGCUUACGCAAACUUUGCCUCCGCUCCUCAGAUAUCCCAGGCCUACGUUAUAUCGACGAUUGUUGGCGGCGUGAUUCAAUUACCCAUUGCCAAGAUCUUAAAUCUCUGGGGCCGUGCUGAAGGACUCUUGAUAGUUCUGACAAUAAACCUUCUUGGUCUAAUAGUGAUAUCUGCAUGCAACGGUCCCAAUGGAUUUGCCGCCGGUUACACUCUGUAUCAAAUCGGAUACAGCCAGUUGAACUUCAUUUUGACUGUGUUUGUCGCGGACGCAUCAGGGCUAAGAAAUCGUGCAUUUGCGUACGCAUUCAUUGGAAUGCCUACAGUGUGUACCGCUUUUACUGGAUCCCUUGUCGCUCAAGCGUUCAUAACCCAUUCCACCUGGCGCUGGGCGUACGGUUGUUUCACCAUCAUCACAUUUGCGUUUAUCACGCCCGUCGCUGUGGUGUUCAAAUUCUACCAGCGCAAAGCUGAAAAGCUGAAUCUGCUCAUCCGCCAUCCUAGUGGCAGGACAAGGGKGCAGUCUAUCGUUCAUUAUAUUCACGAGUUCGAUAUCAUUGGUGGCUUUAUUCUCAUGGCAGCAUUUGUACUAUUCCUCUUACCAUUCAGCCUCGAAACCUAUGGUUUUAGCGGUUACUCCUCUGCUACAUUUAUUGCGAUGGUGACAAUUGGAAUUCUUUUAUUCCCCGUUUUUGUUGUGUGGGAGUAUUACUUUGCGAAAACCGGCUUCAUUCGGUGGGAGUUGUUAAAAAAGCGAACAGUUCUUGGAGCAUGUAUCCUCUCAGGGCUGAUCUUUUUCAAUUACUAUACAUGGGACCAGUACUUCUACUACUACGUUCAGGUGGUUUAUGACCUCGACGUCACAAAAACAGGGUAUAUGACUCAAAUAUACAGUGUUGGAUCAACUAUAUGGGCUGUCCUCUUUGGAGUGUGGAUCCGGCAGACCAAGCACUUCAAAAAUGUGUGUUUGUUCUUUGGAGCGCCACUAAUGCUAUUAGGCGCUGGGCUUAUGAUUCACUUUCGUGGUUCUCAGAGCGACAUUGGAUACUUGGUAAUGUGCCAGAUAUUUAUCGCAUUUGGAGGUGGUACGCUUGUCAUUGGCGACGAGAUGGCUGUGAUGGCUGCUGCAGACCGUGAUGGUAUUCCGAUGAUGCUUGCACUAAUCAGUCUAUCUUCCAGCGUUGGCGGCUCUAUUGGGUAUGCCGUUGCUUCCGCUAUAUAUUCCAAUACGUUUCCUCAAGCCCUGCUUAGAGCGCUACCGGAUUAUGCAAAAUCGGACUAUCAGACCAUUUAUGCUGGUGGAUCAGCUGUGCAAUUGACGUACCCUCCUGGAAGUGAGGUUAGAAAUGCGAUCAAUUACGCCUGGGCUUAUAGUCAAAAGUAUGAGUGUAUCACGGCAGCUGCGCUUGUUGUUCUUGCCUUCCCAGCGAUUGCCAUAUGGAAAGAUUAUAAUGUAGACAAGAAGCAAGUUAAAGGCGUGGUUAUCUGA